AUGGGCAGCAGAACGAGGGCCUCAGGAUCAAGUGCUUCACGGCAGACCCAGGGUGUUGGAGGUACCCGAGGAGAUGUCAGCGGCAGCAGCAGCCACGAUCGAACGAGCAACAGCACGCACGGUGGAUCGAAGUAUCGCAAGUACCAAAUCGAAAAGUCGACGGCCUUGGGGCUCCUUCUCCCGCAGAAUCUCCGGCUUGAGGUGAGGGAACUGGACGAGGACGGCCAUGAUAUCGGUCUCCUCUACGAAACUACUGCUCUCAAAUGGUGGGAAUGCAUGGCAACACUUCCACCAAAGUUCCUGCUUCUAUCGGCCGGCCAAUCUGAAAGUGCCACCCAAUCGGAAAAGCCAGCGACCGAGAUCAACGCCGCAGUCGCUAAGGUGAUGCGACCUCUGGGCAAUCUGCCUCCGGGCAACAGAGCCAGGAUCGAGAUGGGCUACGUCAGUGACUGCUUCAAGUACAGCAAUAGUCUGCCCCACGAUACGUACCGCGAGUGGCAGGUUCGACAGCAAGGAUUCAAGCGAGUUUAUCGCCUACAGCCCUUGAACGCAUCUGCAGAGGAAAGCGGCCAGGCGUUCGUCUGGAGAGGCUCGCAUAGUGUUCUACAAAGUCUGAAUGAUUCCAAAGCUUCGCCAAUCUGCCAUGGCAAUCUCAAACUCCUCGGCCCGAACAAUGAGCUGCUUGCAGCAUGGAAACAGCGCCGAGACAGCAAGAUCUUAGGCUCGCUGUACAUAUUUGAGGCCGCAUGGGACCGGCUUCCGGCGGAGGUGAUUGUGACUUCGUGUCUGUACGUCGUCAUGGUGGAACGAAUUCUGUGGACGACUUUUGUGGGCGGUUGA